CCCCUGCCGACUAUAGCUUUGCUCGCCUCUAGGGGCUCCCUUGUGUAAUAUCUGUAUGCACUGUGAUAACAAAGGCAUGUAUUAUAAAAUACCAGUAUUUUACAGUGAUCAAGAUCUGUAUAACACAAAGGUAUAACCUCAUUUUUUUUAAAAACAUUUGAUAUAUUGCUUUGUUUUUAAUGGCCCACAUUACAGGUAUAAAAGUAUGUAUUAAAUAGUAGAAAAGGCUUCUAUUAUUGUGCAUAUCAGGAUUAGUAGAAAUCAUGCUACAACAUGCACGUUGUAGCAGAGCAGUUUAUAAUGAAGUAGAAGUUGUUACUGGGAAGUGUGUGAGAGGUUUGGCAAGCAGCCACUCAGGUAUACUUGUAGGGAGAGAAGGAAUCUCCUCCUCUGUCACUUGAUACUUCCCUGGCUGAUAGGAGCCCUCCUCCAGGUGCCACAGUAACCAGAGAAAGGAAGGAGCUGCACAUUGUAGAGACAGAGAAGGAUUAUUUGGAAAAUGGGAGAGGGAAAUGCAAAGCUGUGGGAGUAAUAGAACUGUAAGAAAUCAGAUCAGUCAAAGAGAGAGACAGAUACCUGGAGUCUGUGGGGUGGCUAUAGAGGGGCGGCUAUAGAGCGGCAGGGACAAUGAUACCUGAGACAAGGAGGAGGGCCAGAAAAAAAGGAGGUGUUCAUAGCUACUGAGGGAUUAGUGAGAAUGACUGAGAUAAAACUGUGGGCAAAGAGACACUGACACAAUAAUAGAUGACUAACGUCUGUGUAUAGGGAGAGUGUGACUGGGUGUCUGUAUUUCUUACUCCUUGUUCCUCUUACUCCUUGUUCCUCUCUGUGACUGAUCCCUGUGCCUCUGUAUGUGAGUGCUCUGUUCCUGUGCCUCUGUAUGUGAGUGCUCUGUUCCUGUGCCUCUGUAUGUGAGUGCUCUGUUCCUGUGCCUCUGUAUGUGAGUGCUCUGUUCCUGUGCCUCUGUAUGUGUGACUGUGACUUUGCUGUAUAUUUGUGUACAAAGUCUGUGAAUUAUGGGAUAUCUGGGUGUUCUUCUUAUCACUGCCAACAUUGGAUCUUUGUCUGACACGUCUGGAUCGAUACAACAGAACUGGCUGCAGGAACUCUAUAAGACCGUACAAAGCCAUGCGCCCAGCUUCAUCGCUCUGCACCUACAGGAAGUUGGGGGCAAAAGAUACUGGGAGAAUAUGUCGGAGGCAGAAAACUUUAUCGGGGAGCUGACAAAGAGCAAGGAGCUGUCUUCAUAUGACCGGUCGAAGGCGUUUAUAGAUCAAGACUUUACUCAGCUUGGCAGCUUUACGGCUCUUGGGUCAGUUUACCUUAUACAUAACUCUCUGCAUGACAUUCACAUCUACAAUUUUCAAGAUGACCAGUUUGAUGCUGUCUCUGGUCACACUAUGUGUCUGGGGUCUCUUGAAAAUUGUCCCAAUUUGUAUAAGGAAAAGUUCCCUCAAGACUUCUGGACAGACUUUCCAUGGACACGCAAGGGUUUCAUGAGGACACGCUGGCGGAUACACAGCCGGAUAUUUGAUCUUGUAAACCUUCACCUUUUCCAUGAUGCCUCAAAUCUUGUGUCAUGCAGCUGUUCCCCCUCUGUGUAUAGCGGAAACCGCAGAAGAGCACUGCAGUACAUCCUGGACAGGUUAAAUGAGAAACCAGAAGUGCCAUAUUUCCUUUUUGGAGAUUUUAAUUUCCGCUUGGAUUUGAAAAGUCUGAUUCAGGCUCUCGGCUUGACUCAAAGGAUUAGAAAUGAGACAGAAACCGAGACAAUUGUGUAUGAAAAGGAUGGAGAGUUGCGGCUACUCUUGCAGUGUAAAAGGUUUGAGCAUGAAAAUGUAAAUAUAUUACAAGAGAACAGUGGACAAUGGUUGCUCAGGUUUGACUCUGAACCUAUACCCUUUUUAAAUGGACUUUCUGAAGUGCAGAUCACUUUCCCUCCAAGUUACCCAUACAGUGAGAGUGUGGAUAGACCUGCUGAAUUCAUGAGUACUCGUUGUCCUGCCUGGUGUGACCGCGUCUUCAUGUCACAUCCCGCGAGAAUGUUCCUGCAAAAGGGCAACAUUGGGGAGAGUUGUGUUGUCUAUGACCGGAUUGGCUCAGACGUGUGUAUGGGAGACCACAAGCCUGUGUUCCUCUAUUUUGAAACUGAAAUAGAAAAUCCUGUUGAGUGACAGGGGAAUUCAUGAUGAGCUGUUCACAGACUGAAAGUUAUCCUUAAAGAACGGAUGAAGAUUUUUCUUACUCCUGAAAAAGUCGUGCAUAUUUAGUAAUUACUAAGAAAUAGCUUCCAUAGAAUUUUCCUCUUACGUAUGUUUUAUGUAUUUACUUGCUAUAUCUGCUACUUUACGAUGCACACUCAAACAGUGAUACCACACUGCAUUCAUCAAUGUUUAUUCAUUUCUCCAUAAUUCUCUUUGUAUAUUCAUUUAUAUUUAUUCUUGGUUCUUACAGGAGCAUGAAAGUUAUAAUUGAAACACACGUAGGGUUGCCAGGUGUCCAGUUUUCACCUGGACAGUGCAGUAUUUUAGCAGGCUGCCUAGUAAAAUCUUCACAAAAAUACUGGACACUUAAAUUUCCAGUUUUUUAAAGUAUACUGUGAGUAUUAGCUAAAUGUAAAAAGCCUUCUGUGCCUCAACACAUUACAAAUAUGUAGUGUAAAUAAGUGAGUGCCAGUCAAAGGGGUCAAAUCACUUCUGUUCACGUGCAGCUAAAAAGGUAAAAUUCCUGAUUUUUAUGUUUCUGGCAGCCAAGAGGUAAAAUGUCUGUUUAGAAUAUAAGUAUUUUUGCAAUACACAUGUAUUAGCAAAAAUGCAUUGUCAAUGUCUCUGUUUAUGCCAUCCCUGAUCACUAGAUGUCACAGACGGCUCUCUGCGUAGAUAUAGUGUUUGAAUAACGGUGCAUGGGGUGUAUGUACAUAUGCUCCGUGCACGAUUAAAGCUAUCUCAGCAGCAUUUUACUAAUACAAGUUUGUUGCAAAAAUACAUUUGUGUGCAUUCAAUUUUGGGUUUCAUGUUCCUUUAAAGGUUUAUACAGUAGUGUACAUGUGCCGCUUACAUUAAUUGCCACCAUAUACUUACUACAUGUAUGGAAAUUCUCACCUAUGAGAAAUACAUUGUGGUUUGUUUGGCUUUCCCUUUUAUUCAAAUAUACUUUCUUUUCUCAGUUAAUAACUUUAAUAUGGUUUCCCUUCUAAGCACCAGACAUGCUGAACAUUUAAAGAGACACUAAAGUAAAAAUUAAUGUUCAUGAUUCAGAUAGAGAAUGAACCACUUUCCUUCCAACUUUACUUUCAUGAUCAAUUUGUUUGUCAGUCUUUUAUAUUCACACUUUCUGAGGCACCAGCUCCUAGUGAGUUCACAGUGUAUACGUUUAUGAGUCUGUGAUUGGCAGAUGGCUGUCACAUGAUAUAGUGGUCAGGGAAAUAGAAGCAAUCUUGGAAAUUUCUUAGAAAACAAAUAUACACAUAAUUUGAAUUUCAGAGUAAAUGCGUUUGCAUUGUCUUUUUUUAAUGUUCAUUUGUGGAUUAUGCAUUCAUACUGUAUUGCUACUUUAAAGGGAUAUGGAACCCAAUUUUGUUCUUUCAUGAUUCAGAUAGAGCAUUCACUUUAAUCAUUUUUAUAAUUUACUCCAAUGAUCAAUUUGUCUUCAUUCUCUUGCUAUAAUUAUUUGAAAAACAUGAUUUUUGGUUCAACACCUGGGUAGCGCUUGCUGAUUGGUGUCUAAAUGUAGCCACCAAGGCUGGCUCCUAAGCUUUACAUUCCUGCUUUUUAAAAUAAAGAUACCAAGAGAACAAAGAAAAAUUGCUAAUAGGAGUAAAUUAGAAAGUUGCUUUAAAUUGCAAGCUCUAUCUGAAUCAUGAAAAAAAAAUGGGCUUCAUAUUCCUUUAAGAGAUUCCAUGUUAGCUGUGAUGUAUCUGUUGAAGCUCUGCAGGAUCCAGAGUCUGUUAUCAUGUACUGACAUUUUUUUAGCUUUCUUGGUUUAAUUUAAAAUAUCUCAAAUAAAACUGUUUUCUCUCACUUA